CAUUACUCUACAGACCAUGUAAUCUUUUGGUUCUUCAACACAGGUCAUCUCAUCUCAUCAUUUUUCUCUAACUUUUUUACUCAUUCCAAAUGCUUGUUUAAGUGCUCAUUUUCUUUCUGGGUUUUCUGGUUGAUUACAUUUCCUUUUGUUAUGCUUGUUGGAGUGAGUCAUAGUGAGACCUCGAAGGGAAGAUUUAAGAAAACAAGGUGUUUGUGUUUUAAACCAAAUUAAUGGGUUGUCUUAGUCUUUCUGCGCUUAUUAUAGUGUUGUGUUUAUUGAGCUACUUUUACUGGUAUAGGAAUGGUUGGUCGGAUGAAAGCUUAGUGAUCCAUUUUGUUUUAGUCAUGAGAACACUUGCUUGGGGUGCAGCUUCUGUUUUCUUCCACGCCAAAUUUUCUAUUUCUGGUCAAUCAAAGUUUCCAUUUUUGUUGAGAGUUUGGUGGGUUUUCUACUUAUUCGUUUCUUGCUAUUGCCUUAUAGUAGACUUUGUUCUAUACAAAAAACAAGUUUCCAUAGCUGUUCAGUCCUUGGUUUUUGAUCUUGUGUCUGUUGCUACGGGGCUGUUUUUCAUAUAUGUGGGGUUUUUGGGGAAGAAAGUAGGUGAAGAUACCCUUCUUCAAGAACCCCUUUUGAAUGCUAAUGAUGUAGUGUCAAAUAAGUCCACAGGAGAUAAAACUGUAACUCCUUAUUCUAAUGCUGGACUUUUCAGUAUAUUUACUUUCUCUUGGAUAGCUCCUCUAGUUUCAGCUGGCAAUAAGAAAACCAUAGACCUCGAGGAUAUUCCUCAGCUUGAUCCUAGAGAUAGUGUAGUUAGGAUUUUUCCAAAUUUAAGGAAUAGGAUUGAGUCAGACUGUGGAUCAAUUAACAGAGUCACCUCACUUAAGUUGGUAAUAGCAUUGAUCUUCACGGUCUGGGGAGAGAUUCUUUUGACAUCUCUGUUUGUGCUUCUGUAUUCAUUGGCUUCUUAUGCUGGUCCUUAUCUUAUUGGUAAUUUUGUUCAAUACCUUAAUGGGCGACGGGAGUUCAAGAAUGAAGGCAUUAUUUUGGUGUCUGCAUUUUUUGUUGCAAAGAUUGUGGAGUGCCUCUCGCAGAUGCAAUGGUGUUUUAGAGGAAAGCUGAUUGGAGUAAGGGUCCGAGCCGCACUUAUUGCAAUGGUUUAUAGCAAGGGUUUAACUCUGUCAUGUCAGUCCAAGCAAGAGCACAGCAUUGGGAAGAUUAUCAAUUUCAUGACCGUUGAUGCUGAAAGAAUUGGUGACUUCAGCUGGUACAUACAUGAUCCAUUGGCAGUCACUGUACAAGUUGGUUUAGCCUUGUUGAUAUUGUAUAAAAAUCUUGGUCUUGCUGCUAUCUCCACAUUUGUUUCCAUUGUAUUAGUUAUGUUGGCAAAUAUUCCUUUGGGGAAAUUGCAAAAGAAUUAUCAAGAAAAGUUGAUGACAUCCAAAGAUACUAGAAUGAAGACAACUUCGGAGGUACUGAGAAAUAUGAGGAUUCUCAAGUUACAAGGAUGGGAGAUGAAGUUUCUAUCUAAGAUUGUUGAGCUUAGGAAAACUGAGUCAGGCUGCUUGAAAAAAUAUCUUUACACUUCUGCUAUGACCUCAUAUGUCUUCUGGGGUGCCCCAGCAUUUGUAUCUGUGGUCACUUUUGGUACUUGCAUCCUUUUAGGGGUCCCUCUUGAUUCAGGGAAAAUCUUGUCCGCACUUGCAACAUUCAGGAUUCUUCAAGAGCCUAUCUAUAAUCUUCCAGACACAAUUUCAAUGAUGGCACAAGCAAAGGUUUCUAUUGGUAGAAUAUCAUCUUUUCUUCGUUUUGAUGACUUGCAGGCUGAUGUUAUUGAAAGAAUUCCAAAUGGUACUUCUGAUGCAGCCAUUGAGAUAGAUGAUGCUAACUUUUCUUGGGAUGUAUCUUCUCAGAAUCCUACACUGAAAGAUAUUAGUUUCAAAGUGCUCCAUGGUAUGAGAGUUGCUAUUUGUGGCACUGUUGGCUCAGGGAAGUCAAGCUUGCUUUCUUGCAUCCUAGGAGAAAUUCCAAAACUGUCUGGAACCCUUAAGUUGUGUGGGACGACGGCCUAUGUUGCUCAGUCACCAUGGAUUCAGAGUGGCAAGAUAGAAGAGAACAUUUUGUUUGGUAAAGAGAUGGACAGAGAAAAGUAUGAGAGGGUUUUAGAAGCUUGUUCCUUGAAGAAGGACCUGGAAAUCCUUUCAUUUGGUGAUCAAACAAUCAUUGGGGAGAGAGGAAUUAAUUUGAGCGGCGGACAAAAGCAGAGAAUACAAAUUGCACGUGCCUUAUACCAAGAUGCCGAUAUCUAUCUGUUUGAUGAUCCUUUCAGUGCUGUGGAUGCUCACACAGGCUCUCAUCUCUUCAGGGAAUGCCUGCUAGGCCUAUUGAAUUCAAAAACGAUUAUUUAUGUCACUCAUCAAGUUGAAUUCUUACCCACUGCUGAUCUUGUACUGGUCAUGAAAGAUGGAAGGAUUACCCAAGCUGGAAAAUACAAUGAUAUUCUAAAUUCUGGGACUGAUUUUAUGGAACUUGUGGGUGCACACAAGGAAGCAUUGUCCACACUUAAUGCCAAAGAGGAAGUUCAAGCUGAAAAAGCAAGUAUCAUUGAGAAUGAUGGAAAGUCAAACUGUGCAAGUGGGUUAGUGAAGAAAGAAGAAAAUGGAGAUGCUCAACAUGGGAAAAGCAAUGAGCCUGAAGGACAACUUGUUCAAGAAGAAGAAAGAGAGAUGGGACAAGUUGGUUUUUCAGUCUAUUGGAAAUACAUCACAACAGCAUAUGGAGGAGCUCUUGUGCCUCUUAUACUGCUUGCACAAGUUUUAUUUCAGGGACUUCAAAUUGGAAGCAACUUCUGGAUGGCUUGGGCAAGUCCUGUUUCAGCAGAUGAAAAGCCUAUUGUUGAUAGCUCUACACUUAUAGUCGUAUAUGUUAUUUUGGCCAUUGGAAGCUCUUUUUGUGUCCUUAUGAGAUCUAUGCUUCUGGCAACAGUCUCAUAUAAGACAGCUACUUUACUCUUCAAUAAAAUGCAUGAAUGCAUUUUUCGUGCUCCUAUGUCGUUCUUUGAUGCUACUCCCAGUGGAAGAAUCCUGAAUAGAGCUUCUACAGACCAAAGUGCAGUGGAUCUUAACAUUUCAACGCAAGUUUCUGCAUUCGCUUUCUCUAUGAUACAGCUUUUUGGAAUUAUUGCUGUAAUGUGCCAGGUUUCAUGGCAGAUUUUUAUUUUUUUUGUUCCUGUCAUUGCAGCCUGCAUCUGGUAUGAGCAAUACUACAUACCUACAGCGCGAGAAUUGGCACGAUUAGUUGGAGUUUGCAAGGCUCCAGUGAUUCAACAUUUUGCAGAAACAAUUUCUGGGUUGACAACCAUAAGGAGUUUCAAUCAAGAAUCAAGAUUCCAGGACACAAACAUGAAAUUGAUGGAUGGAUAUUCCCGGCCUAAAUUCAGUAUGGCUGGUGCAAUGGAAUGGCUAUCAUUUCGCUUGGAUAUGUUGUCUGCUAUUACUUUCACUUUCUCUUUGGUUGUAUUGAUAUCUGUUCCCGAGGGAGCUAUUGAUCCAGGUAUCGCGGGGUUAGCUGUCACAUAUGGACUUAAUCUGAAUAUAUUACAAGCUUGGGUUAUAUGGCAUCUUUGCCAAAUGGAGAACAAAAUAAUAUCAGUUGAGAGAAUACUUCAAUACACAAGCAUCCCAAGUGAGCCUUCUCUUGUAAUAGAAUCAAAUCGGCCUGAUCCUUCAUGGCCAUCACAUGGAGAAGUCAAUAUUUGUGAUCUACAAGUUCGGUAUGCCCCCCACAUGCCACUUGUGUUGCGAGGUCUAUCAUGCACUUUUCGCGGAGGACUCAAAACAGGCAUUGUAGGAAGAACAGGCAGUGGAAAAUCAACUCUCAUACAGACACUUUUUCGAAUUGUUGACCCGGCUGCUGGUCAAAUUGUGAUAGAUGGCGUCAACAUAUCUUCCAUUGGACUGCAUGACUUGAGGUCAAGGCUGAGCAUUAUACCUCAGGAUCCUACCAUGUUUGAAGGGACUGUAAGAAGCAACUUGGAUCCACUUGAAGAGUACACAGAUGAAAAAAUAUGGGAGGUUCUAGAUAAGUGCCAACUUGGAGAUGAAGUGAGAAAGAAGGAAGAGAUGCUUGAUUCUACAGUUACUGAGAAUGGAGAGAAUUGGAGUAUGGGACAGAGGCAGCUGGUUUGCCUAGGCCGAGUUCUACUCAAGAAAAGUAAGGUACUUGUGCUCGAUGAAGCUACAGCAUCCGUCGACACUGCAACAGACAAUCUAAUACAGCAAACACUUCGACAACACUUCUCUGAUUGCACGGUCAUCACAAUCGCACAUCGAAUAACUUCUGUUCUUGACAGUGACAUGGUUCUACUUCUUAGUCAUGGACUUGUUGAGGAAUAUGGCUCUCCAGAAAGAUUGCUAGAGGACAAGGCAUCAUCUUUCUCUCUGCUAGUAGGAGAAUAUACCAUGAGAUCAGAUUCUGAUUUUUGAGAUAAUUUGUAGACACUUGUGAAAAUCAAGUAGUGUAGUGUGGUCUACUUCUUGUUUGGUUAUGAAUAAUCUAUUUGGUUUUGUAUUAUAAAUAAUACAUAUGAGUUCAAAAAAAAUGCUCUAGUUAAACCA